CGAGGGAGGGACUUCCUUUUCCGGGUACGGGUCCCCAGGCGGAGGGAGAGCGAGGCAGCCAGAGCGCUUGAGCCCCCGGGCGCAGGACGGAGAGGCCGACAAAUGGCUGCAAAAAUUGGAGAAAUUUCUCACUUGAACAAUUCUGCACCAAUCGUGGACCCCGCUGUGUAUGGUUAUGGAGUAAAACGGGCCUUGGACGAUGGAAGUCUUCGUGUAAAUUGGAUCCAUGGACCACAGAUAAGAGAGAACCAGAGAAUAGGUAACCAGUUAGGGGCCCUAGUACAUCAAAGGGCGGUAAUAACCGAAGAUUUCAAAGUGCCUGACAAAAUGGUUGGAUUCAUAAUCGGCAGGGGCGGCGAGCAGAUCUCCCGGAUUCAGACAGAGUCAGGGUGCAAAAUUCAGAUUGCACCAGACAGCGGUGGGAUGGCAGAACGGCCUUGUAUGCUCACCGGACCCCCAGAGAGCAUUGAACAAGCAAAGCGGUUACUGGGCCAGAUCGUAGAUCGGUGUCGUAACGGGCCAGGCUUUCACAACGACGUGGACACCAACAGCACAGUACAAGAAAUUCUCAUCCCAGCAUCCAAAGUGGGCCUGGUCAUUGGCAAAGGCGGCGAAACGAUAAAGCAACUCCAGGAACGAACGGGCGUGAAAAUGAUUAUGAUCCAAGAUGGCCCUUUACCGACUGGAGCAGAUAAACCCCUUCGGAUUACUGGAGAUGCUUUUAAAGUACAGCAAGCCAGAGAAAUGGUGCUGGAGAUCAUCCGAGAAAAAGAUCAGGCGGACUUCCGGGGCGUACGCAACGAUUUUACAUCCAGAAUGGGAGGAAGCAUAGAGGUCUCCGUACCCAGAUUCGCGGUGGGAAUUGUAAUAGGAAGAAAUGGCGAAAUGAUCAAAAAGAUUCAGAACGAUGCAGGGGUGCGGAUUCAGUUUAAACCAGACGAUGGCAUUAGUCCAGAACGAGUUGCACAGGUCAUGGGCCUUCCUGAUCGAUGCCAGCACGCGGGUCACAUCAUCAAUGAGCUUAUUCUCACGGCACAGGAACGUGACGGUUUUGGAAGCCUCACCGUCACUCGGGGGAGAGGGCGCGGCCGGGGAGACUGGAGCGUGGGCACGCCCGGGGGCAUGCAGGAAAUCACUUACACGGUGCCCGCUGAUAAAUGUGGCCUGGUGAUUGGCAAAGGAGGUGAGAACAUCAAGAGCAUAAAUCAGCAAUCAGGGGCUCACGUGGAACUUCAGCGAAAUCCCCCUCCCAACACGGACCCUAACAUUCGGAUAUUCACCAUACGGGGAGUUCCCCAGCAGAUUGAGCUGGCAAGACAUCUGAUUGAUGAAAAAGUUGGAGGCACCAGCCUGGGUGUAUCCGGAGGAUUCAGCCAGAGUCCUUUCAGCCAGCCACCUGCGACAACUCAUCAAAACGGUCCUCAGGCGUUCAUGACCCAAGGCUGGGGCAGUACCUACCAGACGUGGCAGCAACCCGGGCAGCAGGUCCCAAGUCAGCAAAGCCAGCAGCAGAACAGCCAGCCGGAUUACAGCAAGGCAUGGGAAGACUACUACAAGAAGCAGAGUCACGCUGCUACGGCUGUUUCUCAAGCCAGCAGCCAGCCAGAUUACACAAUGGCGUGGGCAGAGUAUUAUCGGCAGCAGGCAGCCUAUUACGGGCAAACGUUAGGGCAGGCUCAAGCUCACAGCCAGGAGCAGUAGAACAACCGUUUUGAUUCUUCUCUUCCUCCUUUUCUUUUUCUUGGAAUCAUUGUGGAAACAAACCUUUUUUGUAACAGAGGUUUCUAGAUUUGCAACCGUUUGAUGAAGACUUUGUUCCUUCCUUUCUUUCUUUCUUUCUUUCUUUCUUUCUUUCUUUCUUUCUUUCUUU